AUGAAUCAUUUCCAUUGUGCAGCCCUUUCAUUGGUCAGAAGCAUAACUCGGCGGCGAUGCAGUAUGCCGCUUCACCACAUUUGGUUAGCGCCAUCCCGGUGUAAGCCGCUUGGACAACUGAUUCACACGAUCAUGGUCCAUCUCUCAAGCAAGUCUAGGGAUAUAAAACAAGUAGAGCAUCACUUCAGGCAGAAACUCGGUCUAUCAUCUUCACAAGGCAUCAACACUUUGCCAUCACCAGCAGCUGCACCCAGCGGACCACACCACCCUAAUCACUCCAGCACCAACACCUCCCUGAUACUCAUGCCAGACACUGCAACUGCCACAACCACCACAGCGACUACCACCAACAUGGCUCUAUCAAGCUCACCGAACAGUCGGUCAUCAACCCCUGAGAGUAAUCUCUCCCAUUCCACCAUACCACCAUUCAUCCCGGGCCAAUGUCUCUUUUGUCUCCAUCUAUCAUCAUCCUUCCUCGACGGCAUAGAGCACAUGCAAAAGUCCCACGGGCUAUUCAUCCCACAUCGACAACUAUUUUCUACCGAAAACCUCGAGGCUCUCUUUGAACAGCUCCAUCUCAUCAUCUUCGAAUACCACGAAUGCAUCAAAUGCGGGACAACAAGAUCCUCAGUGCAAGCGAUGCAGCAGCACAUGACCGGCAAGCCAGGGCACUGCACAUUUGACAUCUCGGACCCAGAAUCCGAGUUUGCCGAACUCUAUCGCGGGAUAUUGGAGGGACGAGAAACAGACGGCCAGAAAGGUGACCAAGAGAGCACUUCCAAUCCUUGGAAUCAGGCUCGGGCAGUUCAAGUUGAUGAAGAUUCACUUCGGUUACCCUCGGGGAGGAUAAUAUCAAAGAAAUCAUCCGUGAUGCCACCAUCACCUUCAGCGACGAAUGCUUCUCGGUUGCGACAUAACCGGACUCGGGUAUCAGCUGCUGCCGCGGAGAUAGGAUACGCCAUGGGAGAAGAGUCUAGCGAUAACGAGGAGGAGCCGGUCCAGCCAAGCAACUCGGAGACAACACCAGGCGCGCAAGUGGUUUUAUCAAAGAGGGAAAAGAAGCGGGCAAGGGACAUGGAGGCAUAUCAAUUGACGCGGAUGAGCGCGAAUGAUCGGACAAGCUUGAUGCACCUGCCUGUGUCUCAGCAACGGGCCUUACUGGCAACCCAGCAGAGACACCAGGAAAAGAUGCAGACUGAGGAAAGAAGACAGCGGGCAAAGAUUGAUCGGAAGGGCAACAAGAAUUUGUAUGCGUACUGGAAUACCGAGACGCCGGUUUAUCUGUGUGGAUAG